AUGAGGCUCUCCAGCCCCAUCAAGAAUUGGAGACGGCGCAGUUCCGUUGAGCAGAGCUCCAGAUGGGUCGGCCAGCAUGAAGGCUAUGAUACAAAGCCACUGCCUCGCUUGACAUGGGUCGGCCUUUCCAUGGGUCUGUUGGUGUCAAUGGGUGGCGCUGUCUUCGGUUACGACACCGGACAGAUCUCAGGUUUUCUCGCCAUGCCUGACUUCUUGAGACGGUUUGGCCAAAGACACAUGAAUGGGGAGACUCCCGAGUACUACUUCUCCAAUGUUAGAUCCGGUCUAAUCGUAGGCUUGCUAUCCAUUGGCACUCUAUUUGGAGCACUCGCAGGUGCACCGAUUGCGGACUGGAUCGGGAGGAAGCCCAGUAUUAUCUUUUGGUGUAUGAUUUUCUCUGUGGGAAUCAUUGUCCAGAUCUCAGCGACGGAUAAGUGGUACCAGGUAAUGCUCGGUCGACUGGUAGCUGGUCUUGGUGUAGGCGCACUGAGUCUCCUCGUACCAAUGUACCAAGCCGAGACAGCUCCUCGCCACAUCCGAGGAGCCCUCAUCAGCACAUACCAACUCAUGAUUACAUUUGGCAUCUUUCUUGCCGCCGUCUUCAACUUUGCAGCAGAAAAACACCAAUCUAAUAAAGCAGCUUCGUGGCAGAUCACCCUGGGCUUGUCCUUCGUUUUCCCGGCAAUUCUUGCCGGUGGCAUUCUCUUCUUCUCCGAGACACCGCGCUUCCUGUUCCGGCAUGGGAAGGAAGAAGAGGCGAAGCAGACGAUGUGCAAAGUCUAUGGAGUGGGCGAGAAUCACUACGGCGUCCACUUGGAGUUGGAAGAGAUAAGGAUGAAGCUUGCAGAAGAGACCAACCGGGGAACCGCGAUCCAAGAGUGGUUUCGAAUGUGGAAAGCGCCCAAGAUGGCUUACCGAUUGGCCAUUGGGAUGGGACUGCAGAUGUUUCAGCAGCUUACUGGUGCCAAUUACUUCUUCUACUACGGCACGGUAAUCUUUCGUGGCACUGGAAUAAACAACUCAUUCGUUACACAAAUGAUCUUAAACGGAAUCAAUUUCGGCGUAACGUUCUAUGGCCUCUACAUAGUGGAGCACUAUGGCCGUCGAAAAUCCCUCAUAGCAGGUUCUGUAUGGAUGUUCAUCUGCUUCAUGAUCUUUGCGUCAGUAGGCCACUUUGUUUUAGACCGCAACACGCCGGAGAACACCCCUCACGCUUCGGUCGCCAUGAUUGUCUUUGCUUGCUUCUUUAUCUUUGGUUUUGCGACGACCUGGGGCCCGAUGAUAUGGACAAUCUGCGGCGAACUCUAUCCCAGUCGCUACCGCGCAAAGGCAAUGGCUCUCAGCACAGCCAGCAACUGGCUUUGGAACUUUCUUCUUGCUUUCUUCACACCAUUCAUCACAGACGCCAUAGACUUCCGUUACGGUUAUGUCUUUGCUGGGUGCAAUAUACUUGCUGGCUUUGGGAUUUACUUCUUUGUCAUAGAAGGCCAGGGCCGAACGCUGGAAGAAAUUGACACGAUGUACUUGCUAGGCGUGAAACCAUGGGAGAGUUCGAUGUGGAUUGCCCCAGACCUUAACGAACUAGAUCCCAAGACAAGGCGGGCUCUUGAAGAGACCAAUCCGGAGAUCAUGGCUGCUGCUCAGAGGGACAGUAAUGGAAUGGACCGAAGUGAAAAGGUGGAGAAAGAAGAAACAGAGGCUUGA